ACAACCCUUUUAAAGUCAUGACUGUUCCAGGAACCAUGCGUCUCCUUUUUCAGUUAUCAUAGACUCUCUCUCUUUCUUUCUUUCUUUAUCUCUCCCUCAUAUACUGCCGGCAUCAAUAAAAGAGGAAGACAACCCAACUUGGAUUUCAAAAGACACAUAGAAACAAUGGGGAGAGCUCCUUGCUGUGACAAAGCCAACGUUAAGAAAGGGCCAUGGUCACCUGAAGAAGAUGCCAAGCUCAAGGCUUACAUCGAAGAGCACGGCACCGGUGGCAACUGGAUCGCCUUGCCACAGAAGAUCGGCCUUAAACGAUGUGGGAAGAGCUGCCGGCUGAGAUGGUUGAACUAUCUCCGUCCAAAUAUCAAGCAUGGAGGAUUCUCCGAGGAAGAAGAUAACAUAAUCUGCAGUCUCUAUAUAAGUAUUGGAAGCAGGUGGUCUAUCAUUGCUGCACAACUACCAGGACGAACCGAUAAUGAUAUAAAAAACUAUUGGAACACAAGGCUGAAGAAGAAGCUUCUGGGCAAGCAGCGCAAGGAACUCAAUGCUCGUAGGUUACAUGGCCUAAAGCAAGAGAUGAAGAAAGGUAGUGGGAAUUUCAUGGUAUCUGAAAGCAGAAGCAGCAACCAGAACCCAUGUUGGUCCGAGAUGCCUAUGCCUGCUGUUCCCAUGCCUUAUCCUAGCAACCAAGACCCCCAUCUCAGCGAUCAUGCAUCCAUCAGGAAAUUGCUGAUCAAACUAGGAGCUGGAGGAAGAUUUUCCGAUGGUCAUCAACAACCCAUAAACGACGACGAGGGCAUGAAUCUUCAAUGCCCACUUGAUACCUCCUCCACCCAACAACAGCUCUAUGAGAAUUCUAUCGAUUUGCUACCUUCUCCAUGCCCCAUGAAUUCCGUAAUAACAAGUAACACUUGUCAAUUGACGGAGGCGCAGUAUGACAUGGACGUAGCCAACAUGCACUUGUUGCAAGGAGGACUUAACAGUUUCCCAGUCGAACUCAACGAAACGAUCUACAACAACAACUUCCCUCAAAGAUUAGAGGGAUUAGAGUUUCUUUAUGGAGGAGGCAUGGUCAAUGACAGCACCGGCACAAGUUCUGCAGAAAGCUCCAGCUGGUGUGAUAUAAGCUCUUUGGUAUAUCCUCCUCUUGUCGCCAACUGUGAAGGUAGGGACCCAGCGAUGCUACAAGAAUGUCCUUUCGAGGAGUCAAGGUACAUGGUGCCGCAGUAACUGCACUGUACAUGUGAACUGUGUAAAUUUGUACCAGUAGGGAAGGUGGAGUUUAUAUCAUCCUAUCAGAGAACCCUCAUAAACUCACCCAGAGAUUCGUUUGUUUUAUGCUUCUAUUUUCAUUCUCCUCACUACAAUUUCCCAUACUGCUUUUCUUAUUUAUGAACAGCUAUUUGUGAAUCUGUUUACUGCUUUAUUUCUUUCUGGGUUUUCAGUUGCAGUAA